CCUGUUAAAGUUUUACAAAUGAGCAAGUUAUGCACAGAUAUUAUAUAUAAUUAUCAAUCUGGUGCAGCAUAUACAUGUGAUAAUAAUAUCUUUAAUACAUAUAUAGAAAUAUGUUUAACAAAACCAAAUGAUACUGAUACUAAUAGUGAAGCUUUUGAUUUAAAUAGUAUAAAUAAUCUGAGUUCUAAUAAUUUAAAUAUUAAUGAAUCUUCUGAAAAUGAAUCAUUGAAAAAUAGAAAAAUACUUGAUAUAGAAAGUGAAGAAAUAGUUGAAUUCUUGGAUAAAAAAUUAGAUAGUAAAGAUAUAGAUAAUAAGGAAGACUUUGAUAGUUAUUUACAAAAUUAG